ACUCGCAUUCAAGCUUUGCAACCCGAUCUCAAGGUUCUGGCUUUUCGUGUUGUAGACGAAUGGCCUUUUUGGGGUCCCGUAGCUCGGCUCCGUCGUCGUCUUGUCCGGUUUCUUGCCCACUCAGGCGCAAUGUACUCACCUGCUCGGCUUCUACGCAACUUCCCUUUUGAUGCUUUUUUUGAGGAACGUGCCCUCCUUUUGGCACGUCUUAACCGACACGAGCAGCUUUCCAUUUAA